AUGUAUAUGAUCCGCCAUGCCUUUAUAUCGCGACAGGCCAUCCCAACUGCAGGCAGACUUCUGAAAUCCAUACUGUUUAGUAAUGCCAAUAACGCUUCAUCCAGCCAUCGACUACUAAGGUAUAAUCUGAGUAAGUCAUCACAGUCGCCGCCUUUGGAAGAGAAGACCCUGAAGAGCAGUAUCAGCAGUAAAGAAGCCGGGUUGCAAGCCCUUCGAGAACGUAUUGCCAAAAUCCCUAUUGAAAAUUAUCGAAACUUUUCUAUUGUCGCCCAUAUCGAUCAUGGUAAAUCGACUCUUAGUGAUAGGUUACUCGAACUUACCGGAGUGAUUCAACCAGGAUCCAAUAAACAAGUUUUGGACCGUUUAGACGUCGAGCGUGAACGAGGUAUCACCAUCAAGGCCCAAACAUGUUCAAUGAUCUACCGCUACCAACAUCAAGAUUAUCUUUUACAACUUGUGGAUUGUCCAGGCCACGUUGAUUUUAGAGCCGAAGUCAGUCGAAGUUUUGCCGCGGUAGGUGGGGCAUUGUUACUUGUGGAUGCUUCGCAAGGGGUGCAAGCUCAAACCGUGGCGAAUUUCUAUUUGGCAUACUCAAUGGAUUUGAAACUUUUGCCAAUUAUCAAUAAGAUAGACUUACCGCAUGCCGAUAUUCCUAAAGCAGUGAGCCAAGUCGAAGAUUUUUUCGAAUUGCCUGUUGACGAUAUCGUCAGUGUUAGUGCGAAAACUGGUCAAAAUGUGGAGAAGAUUCUUCCCCAGAUCAUUGAAAAAAUUGUCCCUCCAGUGGGCAGCACCGCCGAUCCAUUGAAAAUGUUUAUUAUUGACUCAUGGUAUGAUUCAUUUGUGGGGGUGAUUAUGUUGGUUAGAAUUGUUGACGGGACAGUUCACAAAGGAAUGAGGAUUAUAUCGGCCCACACCAAAAAGAAAUACGAGAUCAAAGAAGUCGGGCUAAUGUACCCUGACAAAUUGCCAAUGGAAAAGCUUUCUGCAGGACAGGUUGCCUAUAUCAUUCCCGGAAUGAAGAAUUCUUCCGAAGCUUUGAUUGGUGAUACGUUUAUGGAAAUUGGCAAAGAGGUUGAACCAUUCCCAGGGUUUGAAGAAUCAAAACCCAUGGUUUUCGUUGGGGCAUUCCCGGCCGAUGGGGUAGAAUUUAACGUUUUAGAUGAACGAUUGAACUACUUGGUUCUUAAUGAUAGAAGCGUCACUCUACAAAAAGAGACUUCUAAUGCUUUGGGGCAAGGUUGGAGACUUGGGUUCCUUGGGUCUUUACACGCUUCAGUUUUCAAGGAACGGUUAGAAAAAGAAUAUGGGGCAUCGUUGAUCAUCACUACCCCCACUGUGCCUUACAAAUUAAUCGACAGAAAUGGUGAGAACCAGAUCAUCACCAACCCUGAUGACUUCCCUGAUUUAUCGGCUAUAGGUAAAGGUAUUAAUUGCAAGUACGUUGACUUGCAAGAACCGUAUGUUGAAAUCAUGAGUACCUUCCCUGACGAAUAUGUGGGAGCAGUCAUUCAGUUAUGUGACAAUAAUAGAGGGAUCCAGAAAGAUUUGCAAUAUUUAAACACCGGCCAAGUACUUAUAAAGUACGAAUUACCAUUAUCCCAUCUUGUGAGCGACUUCUUUGGGAAAUUGAAAUCGGCCACUAGGGGAUUUGCCUCGCUUGAUUACGAUGACGCUGGUUACAAAUCAUCGGAUAUUGUAAAGUUGGAACUUUUAGUCAACGGUACCAGCAUCGACGCGCUAUCCCAAGUGAUGCACCGGAGUUUGGUAGAAACCACCGGUCGUGAAUGGGUCAAGAAAUUUAAGCCAUACGUUAAGAAUCAUUUGUUUGAAGUGGUAAUCCAAGCAAGAGCAAAUAAUAAAAUCAUUGGCAGAGAAACAGUGAAGGCCAAAAGAAAGGAUGUGUUACAGAAGUUACACGCUGCUGAUCAGUCCAGAAGAAAGAAAUUAUUAGCUAAACAGAAAGAGGGAAAGAAGAAGAUGAAAUCUAUUGGUAGAGUUAGUGUUGAUCCUGAUGCGUAUCAAUCGUUUUUGCGUCGGUGA